AAAGAGAGACAGAGUUUACCCUCUGCGACCUGCCUUCCCAAAUUUAGCGGUUUCUCCUCCAAACUUAGUCAUCUUCUAACUGCUGUUUUCCUUCAGAUAAGGUACUCCCUCCAACUCCAACUCUAGCCAGCACCCACCCUCAAAAACAACGAAACCCCAUCACCUUCAUCCUCCUCAGAGAGAGAGAGAGAGAGAAGCCAGCCAAAUAGCCUCUUUGGGGGAGAUAAGAGGGCAGACGUUGAACAAAGAUUUGUUCUUCUCUGUUUUCUCCUCUCUUUCCCUUUCUGGUUUUGCUUUUUUUGGGGUUUUUUCUGCAAAAUGUCGGCUGUUAUGGGAGCUCUCUCUGGCUCCAAGGAUAUUCCCUUCAAUCCUACUGGAAUGGAGAAAGAAGGGGAGAAGAGCAUCACCAAAAGCAACAACUGUGCACAACAGGGAGAGCUAGCUGAUGAGGAUGAAACAGAGAACCUCAGUAGGAAGUUCAGCUCUGCUUCUCUGUCUUCUACAGAGAAUGACGAUGAUGGCAUCGAUGAUGUAGAUGAUGAAGACGACGACGCCAAGUCGAAAGCUGAGAAAGAAUUAGACCUUGGGCCUCAGUUCAGCCUCAAAGAACAGCUGGAGAAAGACAAGGAUGAUGAGAGUCUGAGGAGAUGGAAAGAACAACUUCUUGGAAGUGUGGAUUUAUCUGCAGUUGGAGAAAAUGCAGAACCAGAAGUUAAGAUUCUGAGCCUCACAAUCCUGUCACCAGGCCGGCCAGAUCUGGUCUUACCAAUUCCAUUUGCUUCAAAUUCUAAGGGCUGUGCAUUUGUCCUCAAGGACGGAAGCCGCUACAGACUGAAGUUCUCUUUCAUCGUCUCCAAUAACAUUGUCUCUGGGCUCAAGUAUAGAAACACUGUCUGGAAGACUGGUGUCAGAGUGGAGAAUACAAGAGUGAUGCUAGGAACUUUCAGUCCUCAGCAAGAGCCUUACACUUAUGAACUAGAAGAAGAGACCACCCCUUCUGGUAUGUUUGCUAGGGGUUCAUACUCUGCAAGAACCAAGUUUGUAGAUGAUGAUGGCAAGUGUUAUUUGGACAUGAAUUACAGCUUUGAAAUCAGAAAGGAUUGGCCAUCACCCUCUUGAGUGUUGAAUCUACCUUCUGAAGUUGAAGCUCCUAAAGAUGCAAGGCUGUUUGAUGGCAUUGAAGCGCCAUGAUCUGCAUGCCUCUUCAGUGCUUCCUCUCUUUCUUUAUUUCAAGUUUCUAUUGUGUACAACAUGCUUGCUUAUUCUGCUAGUUGGUUUGUUUCUUUGUUUGUUUGUUUGUUCCUCACCUUGUGUGUCAUGACUUGGGCAUUUACUUCUACAGUUCUACUGUGGGGUUAGUACUAUAGCCAGUAAGAAACGCCCCUUAGAAUUGAAUAAUUACUCUUUACAAGGA